AUGGAUCCGAUGACGGAUGGGGCGGCGGUGAAGACGGGCAAGUCCCGGGGAGGUCUCCCGCCGCUAGCUCUGUUUACAGUUGUGAGCGGGGGCAUAUUGAGCCGGAAGAUCGAGUUCCACACGGCGAGGACGUCCUUUUCCGGCUUCGGCGUUGCCAGUGGUGAGAUAUUGAAACCUGGGGUGGACCCGAGCGCGGCCUCCGCCUCCUCCGAUGUGGGGCCUUCGUCGGGAGGUCAGGGAAAGAGGUCAGACGCCGGGGAGUUGCAGUGCGGUUUGGAUCCGGAGCUCAGAUUUGAAAUCUCGUUUCGACGAAUCGUGAGUCCGUUUCUGUAUUCGGGAUAUUUGUGAGUGGAUGUUGAAGUUGUUUUGGAUGUCGUUCGCACUCGUGUUGUUGCAGUUUCCUUGUUAUCUCUGGCUGCUCUAGCGUCAACUAUAUUUCUGGGACCCUUGAGCCUUAAGCGUUGAAACUCUUCUAACUCUUACGCGUUGAAUGCAUCUUUUUAACAGGAAGGGAAAGGCCGUGUUCCCUCUAGAAAUGUUGAUACGUUGCUCGUUAUGGUCUGUUGAAUGUUCAUGGCCUCAAAUUUUGUGCUUUGUUUAUUUACGGAAUUCCAUCUGCCGUUUGAAAUAUUAGCUUGUUUUACCUAUCAUUUGCGAGUGUCGAGUUCUACCAUGAAUAAAAUUAAAAGAUAGAACAUUCCUUUCUUACGUGAGAUAUUGAUUCCAUCACUGAAAUUGAGCCGAAUGUGAUCAAAUCCUUUAUUUAUUUAUCCUUCAUUUUUUUCGUCUACCUUAGUGCAUGUUUUUAUCUCCGAGUGCUCAUCUUCCGAACAAGGAUUAAUCAUACAUCUGACAGGGUGCGGGUCUAGCAAAUCUUGGGAAUACCUGCUUUCUCAAUUCGGUUCUCCAAUGCUUGACGUAUACGGAGCCAUUUGCUGCCUAUUUGCAGAGUGGGAAGCACACGUCUUCAUGUAAGUCUGUACUUUUUCGGUAAAUCCUAUAAUCUACUGAAACUGAAGUUGGUAUAUUUUGACCAUGCUUUAACCCUGCUAGUUAAUUACCGAUCUUUUUCUGAAAAGACAUUAUAAUGCAAAUUUACGUCUAUUUAUUCGACAUAAAUGGUAAAAUUCUGUCAAGACACCAAGAAAGCAGGCUGCCUUUUCAGUCUACACAAGGCAUGGCUCGGUGUCUGGCAUGAGUAAAUAGGAAUAUGAAAUAUUUUUGUGUGUAUUUUAACCAGUUUGUCUUUAAACGAACCCAUAGCUAUUCACACAUAUAUGAAAAUAGAAAAACCUUGGGUUUAUGUCUAUUGACCUGGGAUUCUAGUGUAAAAUAAUUUUUACAAAAGAACAAGGAAAAUAGGUCAGAUCUAAGAUUUAAAAUUAUAAAUAACUGGAAAAUUGUGUCUGAGUAACUUAACAUAUAGCGGGAGAUUAUGGACUAUGGGUGGCGGCAAUUCAUAGAGCUGGAGGGAACAGCAGCUAAGCGACAGUAACACAGAUGGCUGGUGGUGAAGUGGGGGGGGGGGAUUGGUUGGUGUCAGCGGUGCUUGUGGUCAUUCACUCGUUGGAAAGUUCUCAUGGCAUCAAUGGGAGAGGGUGUGAUGGGGGCUUUACUUGAGGAGUGACGUGGUGGGCUUGGUAAAGUUAUGAGGUUCUCCACUUUAUCCACUUCCCCCACAUCUUUCUACCACGUUUUACAAAUAUCUGCAACGUUCCUUAUAAUAUCUGCAAUUGUCUGAAUUUGUGCUCAUAUAUCUUACGACUCGCGUUGCUAUUUUUUUAAAAUGGGAAAAAAUGUCACAUUUCUUACCACACCAUGACUAAAGGAAUCCGAUCAAAGGGAAAAGCGAGCUAUUGUCCCUACUGUAGGAGAUGAGACUCCACUAUCUGUUUCUAUUUGGCCACUCAAACUGUGAGGAUGUUCGUAUACACAAAAUUGACUGCGCUAGAAGGUGUACUAUUAAAUUUCUUUGACAAAUUCUUGGUAUGGGAUAAGAGGCAGAUUUCAUGCACCAGAAUGCACUCCAUUAGGGACCAUGGAAAAGCCUCCUCAAGCUGGGUUGUCUAGUGCCCUUCGUUGUGUUCUGCUUUGUCAUGCAACAUAGGGUUCGACUAGUGAUUCUUCCUAGCCUUCUCAUCCUGAUCGGGCUGUUCAAAUCAUCUCAUCACAAGUAAUUACUGAUUCAGCCAUUAAAUCACGAUCUGCGUCUGGUCCUGUUCACUUUUGAAAUUUCCCAAUUCUUUUCUAAAAGCAACACGUUUAUUUGAUUCCAUACAGUAGUGUAUUCUUUUUACUCUAGUUGACGAAUGUAUUUGGUUGAUUUCCAAUACUAAGUUCCCUUGUUUCUAUAGGCCGUACUGCUGGAUUUUGUGCGCUGUGUGCCCUCCAGAAUCAUGUUGUAGAUGCUCUACAGUCAACUGGGAAAAUAUUGAGGCCUUUUCAUCUAGUCAAGAACUUGCGAUGUAUCCAGACUUAUGUCAUAUUUCUCCAAUUCUUCUUUGUUUAUGGUCAAUAUCUCCAUUUUUUUUCGCGGUUAAUUUUUCUUGACCACAUGAUCAGGUAUAUCCAGAAAUUUUCGAAAUUCAAGACAAGAAGACGCUCAUGAGUACAUGAUUAAUUUACUCGAAGCUAUGCACAAAUGUUGUCUGCCUUCUGGGGUUGCUAGUGAGUCUGCUAGUGCAUAUGAGAAAAGUUUGGUUCACAAGAUCUUUGGUGGCCGUUUUAGGAGUCAGGUUGUCUUUUCUCUUUGUUUGUUGAAAUUCUUGUGCUCCUAUUAGACAAACCAUUUCAUAAGUAAACUGGAAGUUUUUUAACAAAUUGAAAAUUUAAUUUGCAUUGAAAUUACAGACUGAAAAAUAACAUGAUCUACUUGGAUCAACCAUGUACUUGAUUGUAGUUUGACUUUUGAACAAGAAAAGAGGAAGAAAUCGUAACUUCUAGUGGUCUACCUUUGUUUCUGAUUCGGCUACAUUAUCUCACUGGUCACUUUCAUAUUGUGCAUUCCAGGUGAAAUGCAUGCAAUGCUCAUACUAUUCUAAUACAUUUGAUCCCUUCUUGGAUUUGAGUUUGGAAAUAGUGAAGGCAGAUACUUUAUGCAAAGCACUUUCUCAUUUCAUUUCUGAGGAACAGUUAGACGGAGGAGAGAAGCAAUACCAUUGCCUCCAGUGCAACCAGAAAGUCAGGGCCUUGAAGAAGUUAACCAUUCACAAAGCCCCUAAUGUCCUUACCAUUCAUCUAAAGCGCUUUGGUUCGCACGUGUCUGGGCAGAAAAUAGGCAAACAAGUUCAGUUUGAGCCUAAAUUGAACUUGAAGCCUUACGUCAGUGACCCUCUGGUGAGCUGCUGAUUUUUAUGCAUGAAAUCAUCUUGUUGGAAAUUGCACGACGUCAUCUGAAAGUUUGUUGCCGUGUGUUAAAUUUUCAGGAAGGAGAUUUGAUGUACACACUUUAUGGGGUUUUGGUGCAUGCUGGUUAUGGAACCCAUUCCGGACAUUAUUACUGUUUCAUUCGCAUUCCUAGUGGAAUGUGGUACUCUCUCAAUGAUGACCAGGUUAAAAAAUCAUGUUCUUUGUCACAUAUUAUUAUUUCGUCCAUUGCUUGAGAUAUGAUAGAUGAGGCACUUCCGUGCAUUAUUUUUAUUAAUGGGACGUGCGUAUUGUUAGUUGAUGUAUUCAGAGGAAAUUCGUUAGCAAAACGAACAAAAAACAUAUUCCUAUAUCUUUAGUCGUUCUAAUUAUAGAUUCAUUAUUCAAAUUGUUAAAAAAAAGCUUCCUAUAUAUUGCAUUAGGUGACCACAUGAUUACCCUGUGGAGCUUGUCUCAGAGGAUGACUCUUGGCUCGGCACCUAUCACUUAAUUGAUGUUUUUUUUUCUCGUCGUGGGCUUUUAUGGAGCAGAUCCUGAUACAUCACUUCUCUAGUUCGAGUCCAUUAUUCAAAAUUUCCUUGUAUCAUGUCUCGUGGUUGAUUUAUUCUCUGCUGAAGUAAUAUUAUGUUCUGUGUGAAAUAUAAAACUGUUAAUUUUUAUCGGUUCAUUUUAUGCGCAAAAAGAUUCUUUACCAUUUUUUUUGAAAAACUUAGGCAUGCAAAAAGAAAAUGAAAUGGAGAAACUGCUCAGUUAUUUUCUUGGGCUGUUGCUCCAGGUUUCCCAAGUUAGUGAGAAGACUGUCUUGCAACAGAAAGCUUACAUGCUGUUUUACGUUCGCAAUAUCAGUUCUGCCCCCAAAAUGGGACAUGAUAUCACUCGUACGGACAGUAGACCAUCAACUACCUCUGCAAAAGUGGAGUCCACACCAUUGAAGGGAAUUUCAGACGCAGAACACCUGCUGAAGAAAGUCUCCAUUUUACCAACUAGUACACAUGCAGCUAAAGCACAGCAGUCCAAAGGGAGUAGCAAUGUACGGCUCUCACAUUGUGGACGUCUCUGUUUUCGAUCAUUUUUAUAGCUCAACUGUUUCUUCUCCAUGUUUCCGUUCAUUACCUUUGUUCUCCAUUUGUCUCUGAAGAAAGAUAAUUCGUGCAAGGCAAGGCCAUUGUAGAUCAUGUAGGGUAGUCAGCAUAGUCCUUGACAUUGGCAAGCGACCUUUUCCAGCAACUUGCACGCUGUGGGUAGCUGGUCUGAGAUUAGCUAAUCACUUUUGUAGGUUUUGCAAUUUUUUUCAGCUUCUGAUUAUCCUCAUAUCUCUUUGACUUUAUGUAUUGGAUCGUCCUGCUCCCAGGAUGCUGUGAUAUAUGAUCAGGAAUCAAAAGAUCAAGCUACUGCAAGGGUUCGUGAAAGCACUUUGAAUGAAGCUCGUGCGAUGGAUCAUAGUAAUAUCACGGGAAGUGCACCUUCUCUGAGGGAACCGAUGUCUCACAGUGUCUUCCGCAAGAUCAUCACCAAAGGGAAAGGUCUGAAAUCUUCUCAUUUGAGAAACAUCUCAUUUGGUCCCAGACGAUUUCUACUCUUGUCCUUGACUAUGCAAAAAAAGAAGCGUUGUUCAAGAAGAAGAAAUCAAUCCUUGACGACUGGGAGUAUCAGAAAAUCUGGAAUUCCAGAAGGCAACAAUGACCCAGGAGGGGAAAAUGCCUUCAGUGCUCCAGGAGAUGUGAACUCACUUGGCAGUGGUCAGCCAAAUACAAUGGAUGUGGAUCUUAUUGGCCCUGAACGAGGCUUAUCUUCAGAGGCAGGUCAGCACAGUACAGUGGAGGCUGGAACUUCAAGCAAUUCUUUGAGGAAUAGAUCCUUGAACCCAUUCACCAGGAAUUUCGGGGAACUUUCAGGUUGGGCUAGAUUUAGUUUAUAUACAUAUAUAAUACAUAUUUCCCUAAUAUCAAACUUUGUUGAUUUACUUUAAUUGGUAAGUUUUCAAUCUUCCUCUUGUAUUAGUCCCGCGGUGGGAUGACAUAGAUCUACAGCCCGGGAUCCAGCUUAUAGAUGAUGAGCCCAGCAGCGUCGGCUAUGUGCUCGAUGAAGAGUGAGUUCUUCCUUCGUCUCAAUAAGUCUUUCAUUUUCUUCCCCACCUUCAUCUUAUAAGAUCACUUCACGGAAGUCAGCAAUAGCCCAUCCGAAGAACAUCAAGCCAUUUUUGUCUUCCUAUGGAGGUUUUGUGAUCUUCUAUAGGUCAAUUUCUAUUCUGGGAUGAAAUGAACAGGGUUAGGCCCAAGAGGUUUCAUGUUUGUCUUACAGCUUUCAAAGAACCUUUCGAGUCACUUUCAGGGAAAAAAAUACAUAGUCUUUGCCCUUUGAUUCCCUUAUUGGUUGCCUUAUUGCGAUUGCCCAGGGAGAAGGAGUACGACCGGGGAAGGAGGAAGAAGGUGAGAAGGCCGAGAGACUCAUUUAGUGGGCCAAACCCAUUCGAGGAGCUCGCCGUAGCAAGAACACAGAAGAAGACGAGGACGGGGCGAGGCGGCUGCUGGAGAUAG